AUGGCUGCUGCAGGACAGCAGCGAGCAUUUGCUCAAAAACUUAAUAAACAAGGGGCAGCAGAGGUGAGAAAGCAAGUAUCUUCCACUAUACUGUAUGCACCAUCUGAUCUGGCAAGGAGUGUCAGUGGACUUAACCUGACAGUUCCACUCAGUGAUGUAGUAGACCCACCAGACUUUGAAGAUUUUGUUAUACAGAACCAGUGCACUGUUGAAAGAGAUCCUUUUAAGGACUUAAUCUUAUAUCCUGAAGAUGACAUUGACGUCCACCCACUGCCGAAGCGUUGUCGAACUGUCAACCCGGUUGUACCAGAGACAGGGGCUGAUGCUGAUGCUCAUGUGUUUGACUGUGCUCGGAGAUAUACAGCUGAUUAUACUACCGUUACUCGCAGAUAUCAGCGAUACAGCUCCAGUGUAUGUAAUAAAGACAAGCUGAAUGAUCACAAUGACUUGGUGGUGCAGGAGUAUGAGGUGGACGCUGAAGAAAACAUGACAGACCAGGACAAGGAGAACUCAAACAAGCGUCAGUCAAUUCAUAUGAAUGAUACACCACGUGGUAGCUGGGCCAGCAGUAUAUUUGACUUGAAACAGUCCCAGGCUGAUAGUCUUCUUCCAAACCUGUUUGACCGUGUCAGCUAUGAGGAAAUCGAUCAGAAAAAUGGAGAGCAGAGACAGGAAAAUCGACAGGACUCACUCUUCAGUUUAUACCAGAUGCAGGAAGAGGAUGAUUUGAUAGAACGCAGAACUCCAGCUCAGAUACCACAAGAACACUUUGGCCACAGAAUAUUGGUAAAGUGUAUUAACCUCAAACUGGAGUUGGAGUUUGAGCCACUGUUUGCUACCAUGGCCUUAUAUGAUGCAAAGGAAAGGAAGAAGAUAUCCGAGAAUUUCUACUUUGAUCUCAACCCUGAAAACCUGAAGCAGAUGAUUCGUGGACAUAACCCAGCCCAGGACGUGUCGACCAUGAGUAGGGCUUGUAUCUUCAGCAUCACAUACCCUUCACCAGACGUGUUCCUCGUCAUAAGAUUGGAAAAAGUAUUACAGCAGGGAGAUAUUGGAGAAUGUGCAGAGCCAUACAUGAAGGAAGACAAGGCAAAAGAAGAUAAGCUAAGAGGCAAUGCUGCCCAAUUCUGUGAAAGACUAGGGAAGUACAGAAUGCCUUUUGCGUGGACAGCAAUCUAUCUAAUGAAUAUUGUGAGUGGCGCAGGGAGUCUAGAACGAGAAGCCUCCGUGGAUAAGAUAGACACAGAUACUUACAGGACAGCCAGCUUAGACAGAAGAAGCUCUGGUGUACCUGGUCAGUACGAUAGUUUCCGUAAACGUGCUCGAGAUGAAAGUGCAUCCCGUCGUGGAUCCAUGGACAGAGGAAGGCCUGGAUAUGAGAAAAGAGGGAGUUCUCCUGAUGAUUAUGGAUCAAGUCUUGACAACUUCAGACCUGUUACCCUCACAGUCUCAAGCUUCUUCAAACAGGAAGCUGAUAAACUGAGCGAUGAGGAUCUGUAUAAAUUCCUGGCAGAUUUAAAAAGACCGUCCAGCAUACUGAAGCGAGUGAAAUGUAUUCCAGGUUCACUAAAGCUAGACAUCUCAAUGUGCCCUGCUGAACCUCGCUACACUCUGACACCUGAACUGUGGAAAGUUGAGCCCUACCCUGAUGAAAAGAACAGACCAACCAAAGAAAUCCUAGAAUUUCCUUCUCGGGAAGUUUACAACCCCUACUCCACCUACAGAAAUCUGUUGUAUAUCUACCCCAAGAGCUUGAAUUUUGCCAAUAGGCAGGGUUCAGCAAGAAACUUAGCAGUGAAAGUUCAGUUCAUGAAUGGAGAAGAGGAGACAUGUGCCCUUCCGGUGAUAUUUGGGAAGUCGAACUGCCCAGAACUGUCCAAAGAGGCAUACACUUCUGUGACCUACCACAACAAGUCCCCGGACUUUUAUGAAGAGAUCAAAGUUAAACUUCCUGCCAAACUGACCGAUGGACAUCACCUGUUGUUUACAUUUUAUCACCUGAGCUGUCAGAACAAAAAAAAUGAACCUGUACCAGUGGAAGUGGCUGUAGGAUACACAUGGCUGCCGCUGUGCAGAGAUGGCAGGCUGAUGGUGGGGGAGUUCAACCUUCCGGUGUCUGUGGAUAAGCUGCCUCCUAGUUACUCCAUCCUCUUUCCAGAUACUGCUCUCACAGGGAUGAAGUGGGUAGACAACCACAAAGGAUUUUUCCAGGUGGCCAUACAGUCCACAUCAUCUGUCCAUACACAGGAUGACAGAUUGGAGAAAUUUCUGGGCCUCUGUCGUCUAGCACAGGAUCAAAAACUUCCACCUCGUAAGAAUGAGUCUCAGUUUGAGAUGGAACUAAAGUACAGCCUGGGAGAGUUACAUUUAGCUAAGGGAGAAAAUCUAGUCCAAUUUCUACACUUGAUCCUGGACAAACUCAUCCAGCUUAUGGUGCGACCUCCGGUUAUGUCUGGACAAACCAUGACUAUCGGACAAACUGUGUUUGAGACCCUUGUGCAGAUUGUAAAGAAAGUACAUGAACUAUUGGAGGAAAAGAAUGAUCACAAUGGUCGCAACUCCUUACUGGCUUCCUAUAUACACUAUUGUUCAUCACUUCCACAUCCUGGCAUGGUUCAUCAAACUACAUUGCCGAACUUGAAUUCGUCAUCUGGUUACAAUACGCUGGGGCGACCCUCAUCACUACCAGUAUCUAAGCAGCCCUACCAGAGGAGCAACAGUAACCCAGACUUAGCUGGUAGUACUCCUACCAGCCCUGAUAAUGAGGUUCAAGGUAUUGUUGGGGGUACUGGACGUUACCUGGACCGGACUGGUAGUAUGAGAGGGGAAGAUAUGCUUUCUCAACUUUUCCCCAAGAUGAGGGGAAAGAAGACGGUGCAUGAAGAGCUGACGUUACAGUGGCUGGUACUUAGUGGUCCUACACGUGAAGUUGCUCUUGCUCAUUCUUGGUUCUUCUUUGAACUCAUUAUAAAAAGUAUAGCUGAACACCUGGCUAAAACGGAUCGACUUAGUGCCCCUCGUCAGAUGAGAUUUCCAGACCACUUUAUAGAAGACAUCAACACUUUGGUUGGAACCUUCAUUCGUGACAUCCUUGACAGAUACAUCAAGGAGCCACCACUGAUCAGAAGUCUCAACACCAGUCUAGCAUUCUUCCUUCAUGACCUUAUAUCCUACAUGGAUAGAGGAUACGUGUUCCAGCUGAUUCGCCAGUACUGCAAAACAGUUUCUGACAGGCUGCGUACCUUGGCUGACAGUACAACUCUGAUGUUGCUGAGACUUGAUUUUAUUCGUAUUGUCUGUAGCCAUGAGCAUUUCUUUCCCUUGAACCUGCCAUUUGCUACACCACUGACUCCCUCAGGCAACUCCUCAAGCCCUACCCCAAGCAUCUCUAGCAUCAGCUCUGCCACUUCGUACACCUCAACCAGUACUCUGACAGACAAGGGACGCUUUUAUGAGCUCACUCUGGAGUUUAGACAACAGCAUUUCCUAGUGGGCCUCAUGUUGUCUGACCUAGCAGUGGCUUUAGAGACCUUUAACCCUGCCAUACAUCAGCGUGCUAUCAACAUGGUGUGCAACAUGUUGUAUAAUCAUGACCUAGAUGUACGCUACACAGACCCAGAAAUGAAGGGCAGGUUAGCUGCUUUAUACAUGCCCCUCAUUGGCAUUGUCAUAGACGCCCUCUCACAGCUUUAUGACCCCAGGGUCGAAGGUCGAUACAGAAACUCUGGAAACUUUGAUGAUGAUGAAGGGGACAAGAUCAGCCACCGAGUGGCUAUGGCAAUUGCUGGUGGAGAAGGUGUAUUUGGAGGAAGAGUUUCUGAAACGCCACAAUCCAGCAACAAUAAGACCAAGAAGUGUCCUCUCAGUGCAGAGUGCACACGUAACCUACUCAUUUGUUUUAUGUGGGUGCUAAAGAAUGCGGACCAGACAGUUCUGAGACAGUGGUGGACUGAUCUUAAUAUAGGUGUCCUUAGUCAGCUGCUGGAGGUUGUCUACUUUGCUAUCUCCAACUUUGAGUACAAGGGAAAGAAGAGUCUGUCUCACUGCUCACAACAGACACUCAAAAAGAGUGUCGAUAUGAAGUCCCGCUUGGAGGAGGCCAUACUGGGUAACCUCAACGCCCGAACAGAAAUGAUGCUGAGAAGGAAACAGAUUCCUUAUUCACCAGGUGAUAGAACCCCUCCCUCUGGACCAGCAGGGGGAGACAAUCGCCUUCGGUGGAGAAAAGACCAGCUUCAAUGGAAACCUUCUUAUGAGAAUUAUGACAGUUCUAAGCCCAGAGAUAUAGAGGCUGAUGCCCACAUUGAAGGAAACCUCGCUGCUGAAAUCAGCAUGAUAGCCCUGGAUACCCUCGAACUCAUUGUACAGAUUGCACAGUGUUUGGAGCAUAUCCCCUUGCUGAGUUGUGCAUUGAAAGUGCUCCUGCAUGGUUUCAGUCUCAACCAGAGUUCUUUGGUCUUAGAGGCCAUGUUUGCCUCUCAACGGUCCCUUGUUACAAAGUUUCUUGAUCCACUAUUUGAAGAGGAAACAGAACAAUGUGCUGACCUAUGUCUGCGACUCCUUCGACACUGUAGUUCCUGCAUAGCCAACACUCGUUCUCAGGCCAGUGCAUCACUCUACAUGCUUAUGAGGCAGAACUUCGAACUUGGAAAUAAUUUCGCACGAGUCAAAAUGCAAGUGACGAUGUCCCUGAGUUCACUGGUAGGCCAGAACCAGAGUUUUAAUGAAGAGUUCCUCCGCAAGUCUCUCAAGACCAUCCUUACAUAUGCUGAAGCUGACGUUGAUCUUCAGGAAAACACUUUUCCGGAGCAGGUGAAGGACCUUGUUUUCAACCUCCAUAUGAUCCUUUCUGACACUGUGAAGAUGAAGGAAUUCCAAGAAGACCCAGAAAUGCUACUAGACUUAAUGUACCGUAUCGCUAAGGGAUACCAGAACUCUCCUGACCUUCGCCUCACCUGGCUUCAAAACAUGGCCAGUAAACAUAGUGAGAGAGGAAACCAUGCUGAAGCUGCUCACUGUCUGAUCCAUGCUGCAGGCCUGAUAGCAGAGUACCUGGACAUGUUAGAAGACAAACCAUACUUACCAGUUGGAUGUGUGGAUUUUCAGAAAAUCACGCCAAAUGUAUUAGAGGAGAGUGCUGUGUCUGAUGAUGUGGUAUCACCUGAUGAAGAAGGAAUAUGUACAGGGAAGUACUUCACAGAAAGUGGUUUAGUAGGACUGCUGGAACAGGCUGCUAGCUCCUUCUCUAUGGCCACAAUGUAUGAAGCUAUUAACCAUGUUUACAAGAUACUUAUCCCCAUACACGAGGCACACAGAGACUUCAAAAAGCUUGGUGUCAUCCACAGUAAACUCCAUGAAGCCUUCACCUCAAUCAUACGACAGGAGGGAAAGAGAAUAUUUGGGACCUAUUUUCGAGUUGGUUUCUAUGGCCACAAGUUUGGUGACCUGGAUGGAGAGGAGUUUGUGUAUAAGGAGCCAGCCAUUACUAAGCUGCCAGAGAUAUCCCACCGACUGGAGAGUUUCUAUGGCGACCGCUUUGGCCAUGAUAAAACUACUAUCAUCAAAGACUCCAACACAGUGGAGAGAGACAAACUGGAUCCAGGCAUUGCCUAUAUACAGAUCACCUAUGUUGAGCCAUACUUUGACCUGUACGAGUUUCGGGAGAGGCUUACCUAUUUUGACAAGAACUACAACAUCAAGAGAUUUAUGUAUGCCACACCCUUCACACUUGAUGGGCGAGCCCACGGUGAAAUCUAUGAACAGUACAAGAGGAAGACUAUCCUGACCACCAGUCACACUUUCCCAUAUGUCAAGACACGUAUGGCAGUCAUAAACCGUGAGCAGGUCAUCUUAUCGCCAAUAGAAGUGGCUAUAGAGGACAUACAGAAGAAAACUAGAGAACUUGCACUGGCUUUGUCAUCAGAGCCUCCAGAUACAAAGAUCCUUCAAAUGGUACUGCAGGGUUGUCUGGGAACCACGGUCAACCAGGGACCAGCAGAAGUGGCCUUGGUCUUCCUCAAGCCUGUAAUGGAAGGCAAUGCUGUAGCUACCAAGCAUCACAACAAACUCCGUCUUUCCUUCAAGGACUUCCUCAAGAAGUGUUCAGACUCGCUGCACAGAAACAAAACUUUGAUCACCUCUGAACAGAGAGAGUACCAACGGGAACUAGAAAGGAACUACCAUUCCCUGAAAGAAAAACUUCACCCUAUGAUUUCAUCAAAUGCAUCAACACUGAGAAGACCAAAGCAUCAUAAAAGCCGAGGAAACAAGGAAUCUCCAAGUAAACAGAAGUUUUCAGGAACAGCGCUUGUGUAACUUUACUGUGAUAUCCUACCAGUGACAGUAUUAUUACAAGUGACACCUGGACAGAUUGUAAACAGGAGUUUUCUGGUACAGCGCUUGUGUUACAUAGUAAUAUUACCAAGAUAACCUAACAGUGGCAGUAUCACAUCUGUAUGAGGUGGAAAGCAGGAGUUUUCAGGAACAGCGCUUGUGCAGCUUUACUAUAAUAUCCUAAUAGUGACUGCAUUAUAUCUGUAUGUGGUGGAAAGCAGGAGUUGUCAGGAACAGCACUUGUGCAGCUUUCUUACCAGUGACAGUAUUAUUGCCCGUGACACCUGGACAGAUUGUAGACAGGAGUUUUCGGGUACAGCGAUUGUGUUACACAGUAAACUUACCAAGAUUUCCUACCAGUGACUGUGUCAUAUCUAGAUGUGGUGAAAACAGAAGUUUUCUGGUACAGCACCUGUGUAUUUUUUACUACAAUGCUCUGCCAGUGUAUGCUUUACUCGGGUGUGACAGAGCCUUGCAUUUUAGACAUAUGUCCAUGUUUUGUUCUCAAUGUCUUUCUGAUAUGGACCAACGCUUAAGAACAAUUCAUCAUAAUAUACCAGGUAUUGAUAACUUUUGAGGAGAGAAAAACUUGAGCGUUUCUGUGCUGUAUUACUUACAUUGUAUCAGCAUUCAAAAUGUAUUUACUGAUAUAUACAGAGUUUGGACAAGUAUACACAGAGGCUGAAAAUUGUGAUCUGAAUGUUAGAAAGUUUUGUCUGUAUCAAAACUGUUCAUCAUAUUUAUUAUUGUUCAUUAAUUUGUUAUGUAUUUAGUGCUGAUAACAUGUUUUUGAUUUUCACCUCACAAGUCCAAGGGACUAGUGAGCUUAUGCAAUGGCAUGGCAUCUGUUGUCUGUUGUUUUGAUAAAAAAAUGUACUAGUCAUGAAUGACUGAACAGAUUUUGACCAAAUUAGAUCUGAAGAUGGCAUUUUUGGGGACAGAAUCAAGUUUGUAUAUUGGUUCUCGGCCCCAAAGAGGCUGAGGGGUGGGGCCCAAAAUGUGAAAAAAAAAUUUAAGUUCUUUGAAAUCCUACUUUUCCUUCAGUUCUGAAUUUGUGUAAACACGACCCACAUUGAACAUUUUAAUUUCCCAUUUAUGAAUUUGUUGUGACACAACUACAUUUUAUUAAGUUUUGCAGUGGUAAUGUCUUUUUUAAGAUUUUAAUCUACCUCCACUGGUAGAACUUUCCUAAUAGGCAUUUCAAAUGUUAGAGAGAUAUUCUACCUUUUACAAAUAGAACUUUCCUAGUGGGCGUGUCGAAAACUUUUCUACUUCCUCUGGUAGAACUUCCCCAUCUCUCUACAAAGGAUAAAUUAUUGAUGAUAAAUACUAGUCACAUUAAAGUGCAAUACAGUUUAAAUGUUAAAUGUGACAUCAUUGUAACACAGGAUAGUGUUAGUGAAGUUUGAAUGAUACAUGUGUUGUUAUGUAAUACUUAAUAGAGUCAGUGAAGAUUUUUAAAAUUAAAUAUGAUGUCAUUGAUAUUUUAUCAUUUAAUGGUAAUGCGAUGAUUUUUCAUCAUGAUUAUAUUAGUCAAAUGAUAGCAGUUCUUUCGGAGUUGCCUUCCCUGACCAACAACCAGUACCGUAAGCAUGCUUGUUUUACCAUUAUUUUAUCACAUCAUCAACAUGUGACCAGUUGUAUAGUGUAUCAGUGAUGAUAGGGAUGAAUUAGACUUCUAGUGAAGUUGUAAGAAUGGAAUAAACCUGAUUAUUCCAUUUGUUUAUUUACGCUUUAUUUAUCUCCUAUUCUAGCUGCCUUCAGAAUUCACAUCCCUCAGUUGACUGUUUUCACUCUGUUGUAAACUUUCUCAUUAGUUUUGAUACAUUUUACAAACAGUCACAGAAUCAUGAAUUUUCUACUGACAUUUCAGCAUCAAUGAGCAUGGGAUUUACAAUUGUAAAACUGCUUCAUGACUAAUAAAAGUAUAAAUUUUUACAAGAA